AUUUUAAGUAUGGGGACUCUAGAAGAUAAGACGAUUUGGAAUAAAGCUGAGGAAGAUGGACUUGAAGAUCUUGGUCAGGAGAUCUUGAAGUCUAGUACCGAUGAUAUCAUCAGUCGCACGCGAUUGCUCAAUAACGAAAUUAAGGGAAUGAAAUCUGAACAAAAUCGGCUGACACACGAGCAAAGUAACAUGAAAGAAAAAAUAAAAGAUAACAAGGAGAAAAUAAAGGUCAAUAAACAGUUGCCGUACCUUGUAGGAAAUGUGGUCGAGUUGCUCGACAUGGAUCCGAAUGACGAACCCGAAGAGGAUGGCGCCAACAUAGAUCUUGACGCACACAGAAAAGGAAAAUGUGCCGUGAUCAAGACUUCUACGCGGCAGACAAUUUUCUUACCUUUAAUUGGACUCGUGGAUCCGGCAACAUUGAAGCCUGGAGAUUUAAUCGGGGUUAACAAGGACAGUUAUCUGGUUUUGGAUACAUUACCUGCAGAGUAUGACUCCCGCGUCAAAGCUAUGGAGGUUGAUGAAAAACCAACCGAAGAUUACAAUGAUAUUGGUGGUUUGGAUAAACAAAUCGAGGAAUUAGUGGAAGCCAUUGUGUUGCCUAUGACUCAUGCCGACCGAUUUAAGAAUCUGGGAAUCAAACCACCUAAAGGUGUGUUAAUGUAUGGUCCACCGGGUACUGGUAAGACGUUAUUGGCAAGAGCUUGUGCUGCUCAAACAAAUUCCACAUACCUAAAACUGGCCGGUCCACAGCUCGUUCAGAUGUUUAUUGGAGAUGGUGCUAAACUCGUGCGCGAUGCUUUUAACUUGGCCAAAGAGAAGGCACCUGCUAUCAUUUUUAUAGAUGAAUUGGAUGCCAUAGGAACAAAACGUUUCGACAGUGAAAAAAGUGGUGACCGUGAGGUACAAAGAACUAUGUUGGAGUUGUUGAAUCAACUUGAUGGAUUCAGCAGCGAUGAAAGAAUCAAGGUAAUCGCCGCUACGAAUCGUAUCGACAUUUUGGAUCCGGCUCUUCUGCGUUCGGGACGUCUAGAUCGUAAAAUAGAAUUUCCACUUCCAAAUGAAGAGGCUCGCGCGCGUAUUCUCCAGAUUCAUUCGCGUAAGAUGACUGUUGGAGCCGAUGUAAAUUAUGAAGAAUUAGCUCGUUGUUGUGAUGAGUUUAAUGGAGCUCAGUGUAAGGCUGUUUGUGUGGAGGCUGGUAUGUUGGCUUUGAGGAGAAACGCGACCGCAUUGAACCACGAAGAUUUUAUGGAUGGUAUUCAAGAGGUCAUGGCCAAGAAGAAGACCUCUCUACAAUAUUAUGCAUAA